AUGGGGAGUCGAUUGCAGCAAGCGCUGAGGAGCUUUUGUUUCAACUGUGGUUGGAAAUAUGCAGUUUUUUGGAAGCUCAGGCAUCGAACGAGGAUGAUGUUAACUUGGGAUGAUGCUUAUUAUGAUGGGAAUCAAUCUGAAAAGAAGUGGUUCAGUCAUGCAGCAGGAAGCUCGAUUGAGGGUUCUUACUCACAUGAUCUUCUUGGAUUAGCUGUGGCAAAGAUGUCUUAUCAAGUAUAUUCGCUUGGGGAAGGGGUUGUUGGAAAGGUAGCAGUUUCUGGAAAGCAUUCAUGGAUAUUUUCAGAUGAGCUCGAUUCUUUCUCCACAUCUGAGGUAUAUGUACUGCAAUAUUUUCCUGUCUUGCAGACCAUUGUAGUUGUGGAUGUCAUUCCACAUGGAGUUGUACAAAUAGGCUCUCUGCACAAAAUUUCUGAGGAUGUGAAGCUUGUAGACCACAUCAGAACUGUUAUUUCUGGCAUACAAGAUUCUUUACGCGAUUGUAUUCCCAGUUCAAUAAAAAAUAACACCGAAAAUUCUUUUCUGUCAGAUACCUGCACGAAAUUCCCAGACUCAACUUCUCACGAUUCCAUUGUCAAAACAAAAGGAUCUCUUCAUGAGGAUGAGGUGAACUUGUGGUCUCAGUUACUUUCACCUCUUAGGGAAUCUGUUAAUCAAGCCGGGCUUUCAAUGCCCGGAAAUGAAAUUUCGCUUCCCUCGAGCUCUGUAAAUAUUCUUUCAAUGCCAUUAGAAACUACUCAACACUCUGAGAACCCACAACUUCCAAUCGAGCCAAAUCGUGAAGAGAUUCGUGUUUCACCUUUCGGAUUUUGUGCUGGGUAUGAACUGUAUGAAGCAUUAGGACCUUCCUUCCCGGGGCAAAGAAAUCGGGAGGCCAGAAAAACGGGCCUUGACACGGCUGUUGAUAUUUCCGAGGGAAUAGGCGACAGUUGCAGUUUGCUAACAGGAAACUCCGAUGGGAACCUUCUAGAAGCAGUGGUGGCCCGAGCAAACAGUCAAAAAGGGUAUCGAACAGAAAGCGAGAGGUCAUGCCUCGAAUCCCUGGUGACCUUUGACAGAACAUUGUGCAAUAGUUUGGGCACUAUUAGUUCGUUUGACGGGGACACAUCGUGUAGCUUGAACUCGGUCAAACCGAAUAGAAAACGGGCCAGGCCCGGUGAGAGUACUAGGCCAAGGCCAAGGGACAGGCAGUUGAUCCAAGAUCGGAUAAAGGAACUGAGGGAACUCGUGCCAAGUGGAUCUAAGUGCAGUAUAGAUUCACUUAUUGAGAGAACUAUUAAGCACAUGAUGUUUUUGCAAAGUGUAACGAAGCAUGCAGAUAAACUGAACAGGUGCUCGGUGUCGAAGUUGCUUGCCAAGGAAACAGGUAUCCGUAGAUUCUCCUGUCGUGAUCAGGGCUCGAGCUGGGCUGUCGAAUUGGGAAACAGCCAAAAGGUCUGCCCGAUAAUAGUGGAAAAUAUAAAUAUGAAUGGGCAAAUGCUUGUAGAGAUGUUGAGCAAAGAGAGUGGUCAGUUUUUAGAAACUGCAGAGGCUCUCAGAAGCUUAGGCCUAAACAUACUGAAAGGCGUGUGA